CGGGUCAUGCGCCGCCGCCUGUGGCUGGGCCUGGCCUGGCUGCUGCUGGCGCGGGCGCCGGACGCCCCGGGAGCCCCGAGUGCGCCGCAGAGAACGCGCAGCUACCCGCACCUGGAGGGCGACGUGCGCUGGCGGCGCCUUUUCUCCUCCACUCACUUCUUCCUGCGCGUGGACCCCGGCGGCCGCGUGCAAGGCACCCGCUGGCGCCACGGCCAGGACAGCAUCUUGGAGAUCCGCUCUGUACACGUGGGCGUCGUGGUCAUCAAAGCAGUGUCCUCAGGCUUCUACGUGGCCAUGGACCGCCGGGGCCGCCUCUACGGGUCGGUGAGUGCCGGGCAGGGCCGGGCGGCACGGGCGGGGUGGGGGGUUCGGCCGGCCUCACCCCCACCCGCAGCGGCUCUACACUGUGGACUGCAGGUUCCGGGAGCGCAUCGAAGAGAACGGCCACAACACCUACGCCUCCCAGCGCUGGCACCGCCACGGCCAGCCCAUGUUCCUGGCACUGGACAGGAGGGGGGGGCCCCGGCCAGGCGGCCGGACGCGGCGGUACCACCUGUCCGCCCACUUCCUGCCCGUCCUGGUCUCCUGAGGCCCCGAGAGGCCGGCGGCUCCCCAAGGUGCCCAGGCUGGUGGCGAGGGCCCAGCCAUGCUUGUUCUUCCCCUUGCUGGCCCCGUAAGCGCUGAGUGCCCACGGCGUGCGGGCGCUGGGGACACAGCACAGGAGCCCCCCAGGGGGACCCCAGCCUGAGGGGACGGCGGCCACCAAGCAGGUCCAAUCCUGAGUUGGCGACCUCGAGGACCCAACAGGGCACCUCCCGGGCUGAAGGAUGCGGACGUCGAAAGGUUGAGGGGGAUGUCCCAGGCAGGGCCCUGCAGAGGCAAGGGCUCAGGGUUGGGAGCACAAUGUGGGGCAGGCCAGGAGAG